AUGGGGUCGAUAGUAGGAAUCUUGGAUGCCGAAACUUCCCUCAAGAAGGAAAUGACCAGCCUUCGUGCCGCCGUUCAGACCAUUCGUGACCACAAGAUCAUCCAAGAAGGUCGCAAGAUAACUUGCAGACAGACCAAUGUUCCUGCCGAGGUAUGUGUUCCUCCAUCCCAAAAGGCACGGAUUCUAACAGGAUCUCAGGUAUUGCAAGCCACAUCAUCGAAGACUGAGAUCAUCACGCAGGACGAUAUCAUCUCACGAUUCCCGCCUGAAAUUCAAGAGAUGGUCUGGCAGGGCAUUGAUUCCACUGACCGAGCUGCACUCGCCCUGACCUGCAAAGGUCAUGCCGCUGUCUUCGAAGAACUCAAGAACAAGGAAGUCGUACGUAAUGGCAAAUUGAUCCGUCGUCUUCCGCGACCGUUCAGAGUCGACAAAGCCGCUCGUCUCAAGGUCCUCGUUCGCCUCAAAGAAUGGAUGCCUGCCAAAUACCGUCUCUGCUAUUCAUGCAAUCUCUAUGUCGACUCGAAGAAGAUGAGUAAGCUGGGUGGUCGUUGGGGAGGCGACAACAAGAUCGUCGAGAGUGGAUUGGCAACCAUGAAGGCGAUCAAGGAAGGCCCUCGUUGCCCGCUUUGUGUUCGUCGAGAACAGGUUGAUCUUGCCAAGCACAAGCAAGAUCAUCAAAAGUACCUCAAGCUCGGCCGCAAGAUCCAAUUGCAAUAG